AUGAGUUAUGCGGCCAAUCUAACAUGUAAAAGUGGUAUUUUAAUAUCAGCACUGGAAACAACUCCAAGAAAUGCAUUACUGUAUUUGGCAGCGUUGUUUUAUUGCUUUUUGGGAAUCGCUAUCGCCGCCGAUAUUUUCAUGUGCUCAAUUGAGCAAAUCACGAGUGCAACAAGAAAAGUAAAAAGACAAAAGAAAGUGGGACGACUGGUUUCGAAGGAAGAAGAAGAUGGAGACGAAGAACAAUUUGAAUAUAUUCGGAUAUGGAAUCCAACUGUUGCCAACUUGACACUCAUGGCUCUCGGCUCAUCGGCACCUGAGAUUUUACUCUCGAUUAUUGAAAUAGUUGGAAACGGAUUCAAGGCAGGAGACCUGGGACCGGGGACUAUUGUUGGCUCAGCCGCAUUCAAUCUGUUUUGUAUUUCUGCAAUUUGUGUAUUUGCUGUUGGACAGACUACGAAACGGAUCGAGUUGUAUCGAGUGUUUGUUGUUACAGCUUUCUUUGGAACAUUUGCAUACAUUUGGGUGUUUUUGGUUCUUAUCGUCAUCACCCCCAACGUCGUCGAUGUCUGGGAAGCUGUCCUAACACUCCUGUUCUUCAUAAUUCUUGUAGUUCUUUCCUAUUCCGUUGAUGUUGAAAUCUGGAAGAAAAAACGUGCAAGUGAUCUCCAAGAAGAACUUGAAUUGGCUCAACAAGACAGUGGAAAAGUAGAUGACGAUAAACCAGAAAAACUGAGUAAUGAGAUCAAAAAAUGGGCAAGCACAUUCAGUCUGACUCAUGAGGAUACAAAUGCAGUCGUCGUUGAUUCAACUCCAUCAGUGGAUACAGUCAGAAGAUGGACCAGAACUAUCUCUGCAACUUAUCCAUCUCUUUCUGAAGAAGACCAAGCAAAGUUGUUGGCUUAUAGAGUUUCAAGGACUAUGUCGCAUGACCGUCUCUACUACCGUAUCCGAGCAAUCCGUCAGUUGUCUUCUUCAUGGAGAAAAAGUGAAGAAGAGGAAGUUCAGAUGAUUGAGAAACAAGAAAGCACAGAUUCUGGGAAUAGAAAGAAGACAUUUGUCGAGUUCUCCGCCCGUGUCUACCGUGUCGACUCGACCGAUGAAACAGUAUCCCUAAAGAUUGUGCGAAAAGGAAAUAUGGAUUCAAAGUUUACAGUUCACUAUUCAACUGUGAAUGGGCUUGCGAAGAAGGAUUUGAACUUUUUGUUCAAGGCUGAAACAUUGCAAUUCAACCCAGGAGAGCUUCACAAAACGAUUACUGUAAAAUUGAUAAACGCGUCAAACUGGAGACCAAAUGACGUUUUCUAUGUUCAUCUGAAGAUUCAAGAUGAGGACGAAGACGCCAAGAUUCGAUUGGGAGCUUGUAAUAUUGCUAGAGUCAAGAUGCCAGACGAGUCUGCAAUGAUGUUGGGAGGACCACUUGUAGAGUUUGUGAAGCCUAAUUAUGUCGUGAAAGAGAAUGCCGGAUACGCUAGAUCAUUCGUCUCGAGAAAAGGGGGAAAACUGAAAGAUCCACUCAGAAUUCGAUACGAAACUGAAGACGUGACAGCUAAACAAGGAGAAGAUUACACAUCUGUAAAAGAUGGAAUUAUUGUAUUCGAGGGACAAGAAUAUGAAAAAUACAUUGAUAUUGAUAUAAUUGAUGACAAAAUGGAUGAGAAGGACGAGGCGUUUAUAAUUGAAUUAUUGAAAGUUGAAGAGGGAGACGUGUCGAUCGGAACAAGAAGAAAGGCGACGAUUACUAUUAUUUCUGAUGAUAAUGUACUCAAAAACAUUACAAAUGUUCACAAGUUAAUGGGACACUAUAUGAGACAACUGAGACCUGGAAAAGCCACGUGGAAAGAGCAGAUCUUGAAUGCAGUGUCAGUGAAUGCAGGAGAUCUUGCAAAUGCUACAGUAUCCGAUUGCAUUCUUCAUGCUCUCGCUUUCCCGUGGAAAUUUGCAUUCGCUUUCCUUCCACCACCAACUAUUUUCUACGGUUACCCAUGUUUUGUUGUUGCCCUCGUGGCAAUUGGAUUGGUGACUGCAGUAGUUGGUGACGUGGCAUCAAUAUUUGGGUGUAUGGUUGGAUUGAAGGAUGCGGUGACUGCGAUUACACUCGUAGCUCUCGGAACAUCUUUGCCAGAUACGUUUGCUUCGAAAAUUGCAGCUGAAAGUGACGACACUGCUGACAAUGCGGUUGGCAACGUGACCGGCUCCAACUCAGUGAAUGUUUUCCUUGGACUCGGUCUUCCAUGGGUCAUCGCAUCCCUUUAUUGGGCAUCAAAAGGCGAAUCAUUCCGCGUGGACGCUGGUGAUUUAGGUUUCAGCGUCACCGUGUUCAUGAUCUGCUCGGUGCUCUUUUUGGUUGUGUUGGUGCUCAGAAGGAAAUUGGAAUUGUUUGGAAAAGGAGAGUUGGGUGGUCCAUUCGGUCCAAAGACACUGUCUACACUGUUCUUCGUUAGUCUUUGGAUUGUCUACGUGUCAUUGUCGAUUUGGAAUAUGUACAGGACUGAUAAUAAGUAA